AGCCGCAAUGUCUGGACGCGGGAAGCAGGGCGGCAAGGCUCGCGCCAAGGCCAAGACGCGCUCGUCGCGGGCCGGGCUGCAGUUCCCGGUGGGCCGCGUGCACCGCCUGCUCCGCAAGGGCAACUACGCCGAGCGGGUGGGGGCCGGCGCGCCGGUGUACCUGGCGGCCGUGCUGGAGUACCUGACGGCCGAGAUCCUGGAGCUGGCGGGCAACGCGGCCCGCGACAACAAGAAGACGCGCAUCAUCCCGCGCCACCUGCAGCUGGCCAUCCGCAACGACGAGGAGCUCAACAAGCUGCUGGGCCGCGUCACCAUCGCGCAGGGCGGCGUCCUGCCCAACAUCCAGGCCGUGCUGCUGCCCAAGAAGACCGAGAGCCACCACAAGGCUAAGAGCAAGUAGUGGCCUAUAUGAUAGUUUACAGUAGCUCGAGUAAGUCGAGUCCAAACCCAAAGGCUCUUUUCAGGGCCACCUAUUUUUUCUGGAAAAGAACUUAACAUUUCUUUGACACUAAGGAAGGAAAGUGAGAUGUAGGGAAAUUGGGUCACUCUUCACGAACCUCCGUCCUGGGUUGAAAGCAGGACACCGUAGAUGAGACCCUAACGUGCAAAGCGGGGUAGAUUUCAGCCCAUGGCGGUGAUUGGGGAUAGACUUUUUCGAUUUCUUCAUUGUUUACGUAGCUUUUCGGGUAAUGAAAUUUGGCGCAAAAAAAGUUGCCCUCCCUGACU